AUCGUCCCUUUCGUAAUGGAAGGGGAAGGGGUCCCCAUCAGGCGAUCGGCUCUGGUUGGGGUUCUCAAAUGGCUCGAGAGCUGCGUGCGCGCCCCCUUCCACACCGAAGCCUCACUGACCGAGCUGGAUGGGCGGACUAGAAGGCACUGGGCGGGAUCCUGGCCACAUACGACGGUGCCAUGCGUGCUGCAUGCCUACGUCCAUUUCCUGCCAAGGCACACGGCCUUCUCGUGCGUGGAGUACGAGAUGGCAGCAGGGCAGCUUGCGCACGGGAGGCUUCUCAUGCUGUUGGAGGCAGAGCAAGAUGUGCCGGAGGUGGUCCAGGAGGUGGAGGUGACUAGGCACUACGGGGAGCGCGCGCACUACGGGGAGCGUGCGCUCUACGGGGAGCGUGCGCACUACGGGGAGCGCACGCACUACGAGGAGCGCACGCACCACGGGGAGCGCACGCACUACGGGGAGCGUGCGCACUACGGGGAGCACGCGCACUACGGGGAGUGCACGCGCUACCGGGAGUGCGCGCACCAUGGGGAGCGCACGCACUACGGGGAGCGCACGGACUACCAGGAGCGCACGCACCACGGGGAGCGCACGGACUACGGGGAGCGCACGCACCACGGGGAGCGCACGCACUACGCGCGGGCUGUGGACACUGUUAAAGAGGAAUCUUAUACCGAGGAUCACAACCCCAAGGUUUGA